CCCACCCUGUUCGCCCCUUCCCCCUUUUGCCCAUGGCCGUGGAGAGCCCGAGUGUCCCCCCAGCCGCCGCCGCUUCCCCCCCCAGCCCGCACUCCACCCCCCCUUCUCCGUCCUACCACCACCACGACAGCGGCAGCUGCAGCCUCCCCCGGCCGCCGCUCCAACACCACCACGGCCCGGACGAAAGGGAGGAUGGGGAGCUGGAGGAGGGCGAGCUGGAGGACGACGGGGGGGACGAGGCGCAGGAGCCGCCGCGGGCGCGGGCGCGCAGGGACAAGGGUGACAAGCACCCCAGCGAGUCGGACGAGGAGAAGAGCCACCGGCGGCUCAAGCGCAAGCGGCGCAAGGAGCGCGAGAAGGAGAAGAGGAGGGCCAAGAAGAAGCGCAAAUCCAAGCACAAGCGUCACGCGUCUUCCAGCGACGAUUUCUCCGAUUACAGCGACGACUCCGACUUCAGUCCCGGAGAAAAGAGCCAUCGGAAAUACCGCGAGUACAGCCCCCCGUACUCCUCCUCCCACCAGCAAUACCCGUCCUCUCACGCCGCUCCCGUGCAAAAGAAGAGCUACUCCAAAGCGGAAAACAAGAAUUACGGCGCCUACGAGGAUUACGAGAACGAGGAGUACGUGCCGUACGAGGGGGAGGAGGAGGAAGAUAUGGGAAAAGAAGAUUACGACGAUUUCGCCAAAGAGUUAAAUCAGUAUCGGAGAGCCAAGGAAGGUUCUCACCGCGGACGGGGUGGCCGGGGCCGGGGCCGCGGGUACCGAGGCCGCGGUGGCCGAGGCGGGAUGAGGGGGGGCCGCGGGAUGGGCCGAGGCAAUCGGGGCCGAGGCCGAAGCGACCGCCCCGAGGACGAGGAGGAAAUGUAUGAGGAGGAGAUGGAACAGUAUUGCGAUAACGAGGAGCCCGUCGGCGACGACGACUACGACGAUUAUUCCAAAGAGCUGAACCAAUAUCGGAGGAGCAAGGAAAACCGCGGACGGGGUUUAAAUCGCGGCCGUGGCCGCGGCCCCCGAGGCCGAGGAAAUAAAGGGAUGGGCAGAGGCCGCGGCAGAGGUGGGAACCGGAGUGGGAUGGGCAAAGGAGGCGGGAUGAACGAUGACGACGAUUAUUAUGACGACGACAUGGGCGAGGGCGGAGGGGGCGGAAAUUACCGGCGCAACGACCACGACAAACCCCACCAGCAGUCGGACAAGAAAGGAAAAGUCAUCUGCAAAUACUUUGUGGAAGGAAGAUGCACUUGGGGCGACCACUGCAAUUUCAGCCACGACAUCGAAUUACCCAAGAAACGGGAACUCUGCAAAUUCUACAUCACCGGCUACUGCGCCAGGGCCGAAAACUGCCCCUACAUGCACGGGGAUUUCCCGUGCAAGCUGUUCCACACCACAGGCAACUGCAUCAAUGGCGACGACUGCAUGUUCUCGCACGACCCGCUGACCGACGAGACGCGGGAGCUUCUCGACAAGAUGCUGGCAGACGACGCCGAAGCCGGCGCCGAGGAUGAAAAAGAAGUAGAAGAGCUUAAAAAACAAGGAAUCAACCCUCUUCCCAAACCUCCUCCUGGCGUGGGGCUGCUCCCCACACCCCCCCGCCCCCCGGGCCCCCCGGCGCCCACGUCCCCAAACGGCGGCCGCCCCAUCCCGGGGGGUCCCCCUGUCCCCCCGCCGCCGAUGCCGCCGCCGGGGCCGCAGAUGCCGCCGCCGAUGCACGAGCCGUUAUCACCGCAACAACAAGACAUGUACAAGAAAAUCCCCUCGUUGUUCGAGAUCGUCGUCCGACCCACCGGCCAGUUGGCGGAAAAAUUGGGCGUCAGGCACCCUGGUCCACCCCCACCCAGGUUCCCCGGGCCGGGGGGCCCCCCCGGGCCAAUGCCGGGCACCAUGCACCCCGACAUGCACCCCGACAUGCACCCCGAUAUGCACCCCGACAUGCACCCCGACAUGCCCAUGGGCCCGGGAAUGGCUCCCGGCCCCCCCAUGGGCCCCCCCAUGAUGCCGUAUGGCCCCGACGACUCCCCCCACCCGGCCAUGAUGCCGCCCGGCCCGCCCCCCCAGGGCUUCUAUGACAACUUCUACCAGCAGCCCGAGGGGCUGGACAUGGAGCACGGCAUGAUGGGAGAGCCGGACGACUACGGCCCCUAUGAGGAGCUCCCCCCUCCGCCCUCCGACAUGUUCACCGAGUCGCCUCUGGAACGCGAGGCCCUUUGCGAGACCCCCGGGGCGGCCGCCGCGCCGCCCGCGCUGCCCGACUUCCUGCCCUCGGCGCAGCGCGCGCUCUUCCUGCGCAUCCAGCACAAGCAGCACGAGGACGACGAGCGCGCCCGCCGCCUGGACGCCAAGCAGGACCGCGACAACGAGGAAGGUGACACCGGCAACUGGUAUUCGAGCGAUGAAGACGACGGCGGCAGCAGCGUCACCUCCAUCCUCAAGAGCCUCCGCCAACAAAGCUCCGGUCGCCCCCCAUCGGAACCCGGCCCCCCAUCCGGCGUCACCGACCCCCGCCUCCAAAAACCCGCCCGGCCCGCCGACCCGCGUCUCCGGGACCCCCGUCUUUCCCGAAACCCCGAUCUCUGCGCCGAUUCCAGCCCCACCGACCCGCGCUUGGCGCGCCACGUUCCCCCGUCCAUCCCCAAAGCCGAAAUCGCUCAUCCCGCCGCCGCGGGGGCACCGAAACCCCCUUUGCUCCCCGACGAAGAGGACGGCGAGCGCGUUCUACGCGACAAACCCCUCCCCAUCCCGCUGGAUCCUCUCCCGCCUCAUUCCCUGCGCGACCCGCGCUCGCAACUCCAACAAUUCAGCCACAUCAAAAAAGACGUCGUCCUCCACAAACCCAAUUUCGCCCGCAUGAUUCUUUGGAGCCCGGAGGAUUUAAUUCCCCUCCCCGUCCCCAAACAGGAAUUCAUCCCCGUUCCGCCCGCUCUUCAAUCCCCGGCUCUUGAUCCGCGGCUCAACCGCCCCCAACCGGGACUUUGCGACCCCAGGCAGAGAGCGGGGACGCCCACGGGCGACGCCGGAUCCUCAUCGGGCCUCCCCGAUUUCGAGCUCCUUUCCAGGAUUUUAAAGACUGUCAACGCCGCCGGCGGCCCGAGCGACAAACCCAGCGACCCCCGGACGCGCAAACCCCCCUCCGAUCCGCGCUUGCAAAAAUCGGCGGAAACGGGCGUUUCUAGAAUCCCCAAACCCACCGAAACGGCGUCUCCGGGCGAAUCGGCUCCGGCGAUCGCUCCUUACGACCCGCGUUUGUUAACGAGUAAAAGCAGCGGGCAGAGCAGCGUCCUGAGCGCCAUCAGUUUGUACGACCCCAGGACUCCGAAUUCGGGCGUUAAACCUUCGGAUUCGCCCGGCGACGCCAACUCCAAAUCGGAUUCGGCCAAAAGCGCCGCCAAACCCAAGGAGCCGCUUUUCCCCCGUCGCUCGGCGUUGGAUCAACCCGAACCGGAUAAGAACAACGCGGAAUCCGCCACGGACAGGUACAAUAGUUACAACCGCCCGCGGCCUAAAGCGAGCGCCGUCGCCCCCGCGCAGGAGGGCGCCCCCCAACCCGGCGUCCACAACCUCCCGGUGCCGCCGGUUUAUGGGCUGGUGAAACCCGGCGCCAAAACGGGGUCGGGGAGCCCGUUUGCCGGGAACAGCCCCGCGCGGGACGAGGACGCGGCCUCGCUCAAGGACGUCUUCAAGGGCUUCGAUCCCACCGCUUCGCCCUUCUGUCAGUAGGGCCGCGGAAUUUGGGGACGAAUCGGGGGGGAAAAGAGACAAGAAAUGUGUUAAAAAUGGUGGGAAGACGUGAGAAAUAUGUGGUGAAAAGCCGCGAAUAUCGGGUGAAAAUUAAUCCCGUGAAACCCAAAAAUAGGCGUUAAAAAGGCCAAAAAAUGGGGUGGAAAUGAGCGAACGUGCCGUAAAAAUAAAUGUGGUGAAGCCUGAAAAAUAGGCGUUAAAAAUGUGGAAAGAUCGGGGGGGAAAUGAGCGGAUAUGUGGUAAAAGAAAUGUGGGAAAUAUACGUUAAAAAGGAAGGAAAAUGGGGUGGAAAUGAGGCGAUAUGGGGUAAAAAUAAAUGUGGUGAGACGUGGAAAAUAUACGUUAGGAAUGUAAGAAAAUGGGGUGAAAAUGGGUGAAUAUACGGUAAAAAUAAAUAGGGGGAAAGGUGGAAAAUAGACGUUGGAAAGGAAGAAAAAUGGGGUGAAAAUGAGGGAAUAUAUGGGGAAAAUAAUUACGGUACAACCCCCAAAAUAUCUGAAAAUCAACGGGAUCUGGUAAAAUUUUUCCCCAAAAUAGCCAUAAAAAUGACCACAAAAAACAACAUGAAAAGUGAAAAAUUGGGUUAAAAGUGAAAAAUUGGGUUAAAAUGAAAAAUCUGGUUAAAAGUGAAAAAUUUGGUUAAAAUGAAAAAUUGGGUUAAAAAUUAAAAAUUUGGUUAAAAUGAAAAAUUGGGUUAAAAAUUAAAAAUUUGGUUAAAAUGAAAAACUGAGUUAAAAAUUAAAAAUUUGGUUAAAAUGAAAAAUUUGGUUAAAAGUGAAAAGUUUGGUUAAAAAUUUGGUUAAAAGUGAAAAAUUUGGUUAAAAAUUUGGUUAAAAUGAAAAAUUUGGUUAAAAUAAAAAAUUUGGUUAGAAAUUUGGUUAAAAGUGAAAUUUGGUUAAAAAUUUGGUUAAAAUGAAAAAUUUGGUUAAAAAUUAAAAAUUUGGUUAAAGAUGAAAAAUUUGGUUAAAAUUAAAAAUUUGGUUAAAAAUUAAAAAUUUGGUUUAAAUGAAAAAUUUGGUUAAAAAUGAAAAAUUUGGUUAAAAUGAAAAAUUUGGUUAAAAACUAAAAAUUUGGUUAAAAAUUAAAAAUUUGGUUUAAAUGAAAAAUUUGGUUAAAAAUUAAAAAUUUGGUUAAAAUGAAAAAUUUGGUUAAAAAAUUAAAAAUUUGGUAAAAAAUUAAAAAAUUGGUUAAAAAUUAAAAAUUUGGUAAAAACCAAAAAUUAUAAAAACCCUAAAAUUCCAUUAAAUACGGCAAAAACGACCAAAAAAAUUAA